CCACCCAAUAAAUUCGCUAACCAUUCGAGUCUUCUGAGUCUCCAUCCUAGCCUCUCUUCUCCACCAAUCAACGACCGCGUCUGGAAAGCUUUUUCCCGAGAAAACCUUUUCCCGGGAAAACAAUAUCCCUGCCGUUCGAGUUUCAAAUCCUGCCGUCAUCGAGCCAAGGAAGAUGGCGUCUCUGACCAUGCGGUGCGGGACGGACCUCUCGUCGGUCCACUGCCGCCAUCUGAAUCAUCUGAAUCGGAAUCGGAUCGGAGCGAUCGGGAUGCGGAUGAAUUCGAGAUCAGGACCGCGGAUCUCCGCCGCGGCUUCGGGUCCGUCGGUUCCCUGUGUGCCGACGAUGCCGAUGACGAAUCGGCCUUCCGAUGAGAGCGGGGCGCUGUUCUCCGAGAAGGUCGACGAGUGGAUGCGGGGCUCGGCGGUGGAGAUCGUGAAAAACCUCCGGGAAGCUCCGCUGUUCGUGCAGGUGUACGCGAGCAACAAUGGCGCGGCGGCGCCGCCGCGGUUGCAGACGGAGAAGGCGGUGGCCGAGGAGUGGCCGGUGGUCGAGCGGCGGUGGAAGGACGGGACAGCGCCAGCGCCGGACGGGCUGAUACUUGUCGAAGAGCUGCAAAGCAACGAAGAUCAGGAAGAAGAGGAGGGGACGAAAGCGUGGGGAGUGGUGGUGCAGGGGAAGGGAUCGGAAUGUGGGCCCGCAUGCUACCUGUUGAAGACGAGUCGGGUCGGGUCGGGUUUGGGGCUGUGUUCGACCCACUUCUGUCUGAUGAAGGUGAAGAAUUUUAGGGAAAGUGCUUUGUCGCAGCUAACCAAUUGCUGGCUGUUGAAGUGAAUACUUACUGUAUAAAGAAUUUGCUGGAUGGUUGGGUUGGGGUCGGCAGGCAGCAAUAUUUCUUUGGUUUGAUCAUCGAACUAAUUUGGGAUCUGUGAAUUGAAUAAUAAAGGGAUAGAUAGGGAUCCCUGGUAAGUGUAGAUAAUUGAAAUUGUUGAAUAGAAAAUUAUAUUCGUUCAA